GACAAGAGGUCUGACCCGGGGACAUUGGAGCCAUCAAGAAACACAGAUUUCUUUGGGUUUAGCAGCUUCCCAUUUUACCAUGCUACUCCGGAUUGCUGUGUGCGGAUUCUUCUUCCUCUGUGUACUAUCACUAGGAAUGGAGCGAGCAGAAGCUGGUUCAAGUUUUCUUAGCCCUUCAAGUUACACACCUCAGGGCAAACCUGCAAAAAAGCCAAUCAAUAACAAGUUUAACCGUCGAGACCUGGAAAGCCCUCUGCAGUUUUUGGAGAGCCACUUCCAAGAGGAGACUGCCGAUAAAGAGUUUACGUUCAAUGCACCUUUUGAAAUUGGAAUCACAAUGUCCGAAAGCCAAUUCCUGGAAUAUGGACACCUUCUGCAGAAACUGCUGGCUGACGUUUUUGGGGAUAACACAAUAGAUCAAUAAAUAUGAAAAUGCAACCCAGAAAGAAGACACAAC